AUGGAAGAAUCCCUCGUCCUCUCCAAGUUCGACAAUCUCGUCCAAUCUGGCCUCGUCCUAUACGAUGAGAAACAACGAAUCAUUGAGCACAUUGAUGAGAAUCUCAAAUUCCAAUUUGUUCUAACUUCUGCUCUCGCCAAAAAGCCCACCCUAACCACCCCGCAGUCCCAGCCCGAGGUCAAUAGUCGAAGACCCGAAGAGCGAGACGGCAGCGACAUCAGCACCACCGGUUUCGAACUCGGCACGCUAGAUAGCCACUUUUUGAUCGUGAACAAGUUCUGCUUUGCGCGGCCCCACCUCAUGCUUCUCACGUCUGAUGGAUACAAACGACAGUAUGAAGCGCUUGAGGAAGCCGAUCUAGACAGCAUGUGGCGGAUCUUGAUCUCCAUGGAGAGAGACUACGUUGCAUUUUUCAACUGCGGCCAGAAUGGCGGAUGUAGUCGGCUGCAUAAGCAUAUGCAGUUGAUGCCCUUACCGGCAAACAGUUUUGCAGCCUUUCUGGAUUCAUCCGAGGAGCCCGAAACCAAGGUUCCGUUUAAGUGGUUCUAUCGGCGCUUUGAGGGCGAGGUGACACCCGCUGUGUUGUUCGGCGUCUACAAAGACCUGCUGAAGGAGGCUACGAAGGUGGGCGGGGACCACACGGCGAGUACGCCGCCUGGAGCAGUCUGUCCGCAUAAUAUGAUCCUUACCAAGAGAUGGAUGAUCGUGUUGCCGAGAAGACGAGGCGGGAUUAAUAAGGAGGCUGGGGUGAAUUCGCUGGGCAUGCUGGGGGUGAUCGCUGUGGCUACGACGAAGGAGAUUGAUAAUUGGGUCAGGUUAGGUUUGACGGAGUCCCUGGCAGAGGUGGGGGUGCCUAAGAGGAUAUAA